CUGCAUCUCAGCCAUGAUGGGCCCUUCGCUUGGACCGGUGAACCUCUUCGGAGAGGGCUCGCAGGAGGCCAAGGGCGAGCAAGCCCGCAUGUCCUCCAUCGUCGGGGCGCUCGCCAUCGCCGACCUUGUCAAGACGUCGCUCGGUCCGAAAGGGAUGGACAAGAUCCUGCAGUCGCACUCGCGCGGCGGGUCGGUCUCGGUCACAAACGACGGCGCGACGAUCCUCAAGUCGGUGCUCAUCGACAACCCCGCCGCAAAGGUGCUCAUCGACAUCUCAAAGGUGCAGGACGACGAGGUCGGCGACGGGACCACCUCAGUCUGCGUGCUGGCGGGGGAGCUGCUCCGCCAGGCGGCCGAGCUCAUCGAGAAGAAGAUGCACCCGCAGGUCGUCAUCGGAGGCUACCGGCUCGCGAGGGACGCUGCCCUCAAGGCGCUGCGCGCCGCGGCGAUCGACCACUCGGACGACGAGGCUGCCUUCCGGCAAGACCUCCUCAACAUCGCGAUGACAACUCUCUCGUCCAAGGUGCUCUCUCAGGACAAGGAGCACUUCGCCGCCAUCGCCGUCGACGCGAAGAUCGGCGUCGGCUGCCCCAAGCGGAUGCGCGACUGCAAGGUGAUGAUUGCCAACUCGCCGAUGGACACGGACAAAGUCAAGAUCUACGGCUCCAAGGUCAAGGUGGACUCCGUCUCCAAGGUCGCGGAGAUCGAGGCGGCCGAGAAGAAGAAGAUGCUCGACAAGGUGGACAAGAUACUCGCCCACGGGUGCAACGUCUUCAUCAACCGGCAGCUCAUCUACAACCUGCCCGAGCAGCGCUUCGCCGACGCGGGAGUCAUGUCGAUCGAGCACUCGGACUUUGACGGCACCGAGCGGCUCGCGCUCGUGCUCGACGGCGACAUCGUCUCGACCUUCGACACGCCCGAGCGCGUCAAGCUCGGCUCGUGCGCCCAGAAGCGGAAGACGGGCUCUUGUUCGUGCGAGCUCAUCGAGGAAGUGAUGAUUGGGGAGGACAAGCUGGUCCGCUUCUCUGGCUGCCCAAACUCACAGGCUUCGUCGAUCGUGCUGCGCGGCGCCAACACGCACGUGGCGCACCGCUCGCUGCACGACGCGCUCUGCGUCCUCUCGCAGACGGUCAAGAAUACGGCCGUGCUGCCGGGCGGAGGCGCGCCAGAGAUGCUGAUGGCGCAGGCGGUGGAGGAGGAGUCGAAGCGGGUCGCCUCGAAGCACGUCGUUGCGAUGGAGGCGUACGCAAAGGCGCUGCGCACGAUGCCGAUGCACAUCGCGGACAACGCGGGCUACGACUCGACUGAGCUGUGCGCCGGCCUCAAGGCGAAGCACCACGAGGGGCGCCACACGUGGGGCCUCGAGAUGGACCGCGGCGGGCUGGGCGACAUGGUUGCCCUCGGCAUCUGCGAGUCGCUGCAGGUCAAGGAGCAGGUGCUCCUCUCCUCCUCCGAGGCGGCCGAGAUGAUCCUGCGCGUCGACGAUAUCGUGCAGUGCGCGCCGCGCCAACGGCAGCAGUGAGGCCGCACAGCGAUCCGCCGGUGCAUGGCGGGGCGUGCAGCUGUCGUUCGGGCGCAGCGGCUCGCUGUGUCGCUCCCGAGUGAUCGCCGCGUGCCGCCCCCUAAUACAGUAGAGCACCCCCUUUCGCGCCCCCGAUCUCACACUCUUUGGAUUUGGUUCGCGUGGUUGCUGCUUGAAGUUGUGUUCCGCGCAUUGUCCCCGUCUGUACGAUCAAUGAUGUCUUACAUAAACC